GAAUCCCCCCAAAUCCCCCCAAAAUCCCCCCGGCCCCCCCAGCCAUGACGGUGGAGUUGGAUUUCGAGGAGUGUCUGAGGGACUCGCCGUGGUUCAGGGCCGCGCUGGACGAGGCCGCCGCGGACGCGGCCGAACUCGAGACUCACCUGGAGAAGGUGCUGAAGCUCUGCUCGGCCGUGCUGGAGGCCGGCCGGGUUCUGGAAGUUUCCAGCCGCGCCUUCGCCGCGGGGCUCCGGGAGCUGGCGGGGACCCCCCGGGGGGACCCCCUGGUGCGGGAGGCUCUGGAGAAGUUCUGUGACUCCCUGGAGCAGAUGAUGGACAGCCACGAGGAGCUGCGGAGCUGCACCCAGAGCGCCCUCGGGAGGCACCUGGAGCCGCUGGGCCACUCCCUGCGCUCUCUCCUCUCCGCGGGCCGGGCCCGUUCGCGCGCGGCCGAUCUCCUGCAGGGGGCGCUGCAGCACCACGCGGAGACCCCCCGGCGGCGCCCCCUGGAGGCCGCGGCGGCGGCGGCGGCGCUGGGCGGGGCCAGGGGCGUGGCCAGGGCCCGGGGGCUGGACUACGUCCUGCAGCUGAAGGUGCUGCAGGACCGGCAGAAAACGGAAAUUCUGCAAUUUGUGCUGUCCCUGCUGGAGGCUCAGGCCGCGUUUUUCACCUGCGGCCACCAGGGGGAGACAGCGACCCGCGACUACCGGGGACACCUGGGGGCGCAGCUGGAGCGGGCACAGCUGGACGCGGCGCGGCGCCGGCGGGACCUGGAGCAGCGGCACCACCUCCUGCUGCAGCAGGACCUAUCGCGGGAGGAGGUGGGCGUGGCCGCGGCGGGGGCGGGGCCUGAGGCCCCUCCCAUGGAGGGUUACCUGUACAAGCGAGCGAGCAACGCCUUCCGCACCUGGAGCAGGCGCUGGUUCUUCAUCCAGGGCAGCCAAAUGCUCUACCUGAAACGGGCCCGCGACCCCCCCACGGUGCUGGUGGAGGAUUUGAGGCUCUGCACGGUCAAACCCUGCCCCGACCUCGAGCGCCGCUUCUGCUUCGAGAUCGUCUCCCCAUCCAAGUGCUGCGUGCUGCAGGCGGACUCGGGGCCGGCGCAGCUUCGCUGGGUCAGCGCCGUGCAGAGCGGCAUCGCCUCCGCCUACGGCCAGGGCACCCCAAAAACCCAGCCCCCCGGCCGGGCGGGGUCGCUGUCGGGGCCCCCCCCGGAGCCCCCCCCGGUUUUGGGGGCGAUUUUGGGGCUGGAGGGGAACGGGACCUGCUGCGACUGCCGGGAGCCCCACCCCGAGUGGGCCAGUGUCAACCUGGGCAUCACCCUCUGCAUCCGCUGCUCGGCCGUGCACAGGGGUCUCGGCGUUCACCUCUCCAAGGUUCGAUCGCUCACCCUGGACUCGUGGGAGCCCGAACUGGUGAAGCUGAUGUGCUCCCUGGGGAACCGCGCCCUGAACGGGAUCUACGAGGCGCGGGUGGAGGAGAUGGGGGUGAAGAGACCCCCCCCCGACCCCCCCAGGGCCCAGCGCGAGAGUUGGAUCCGGGCCAAGUACGUGGAGAAGAAAUUCCUGAGGGGCGUGGCCGGACACGCCCCCAGGCCACGCCCCCCGCGCCAUGGCCCCGCCCCCCAGCCAGGCCACGCCCCCCGAGGGAGCCCCGCCCACGCCCCGCCCGCCGAGCCCCCCGAGCCCCCCGAGGCCGAGGGCGCCCCCCGGCUGCCCCCCGGGGCGCUGCUGUUCUGGGCCGCGCGGCGGCGCCGCCUGCGCACCAUGGCCGAGGCGCUGGCCCGGGGCGCCGAGCCCGGCUGGGCCAACGCCGCCCAGGGCAACCGCACCCCGCUGCUGGAGGCCGUGGCCGCGAAUUCGCUGCUGGGCUGUGAGUUCCUGCUGCAGAACGGGGCCAGCGUCAACCAGAGCGACGGGCGGGGGCAGGGCCCGCUGCACCUGGCCACCGAACUGGGACACACUGGCCUGGCCUGCCUGUUCCUGAAGCGGGGGGCCGAUGUCAACGCGGUGGACGCGGACGGGAGGGACCCGCUGACCAUCGCCAUGGACGCGGCCAACGCCGACAUCGUCACCCUGCUGCGACUGGCCAAGAUGCGCGAGGUGGAGGCGGCCCAGGGACAGACCGGUGACGACACGUACCUGGACAUCUUCCGCGACAUUUCCCUGAUGGCCUCGGACCACCCCGAGAAACUCGCGCGGGCCCCGCCCCCCAAGCACUGCACGCUGUAGCCCCGCCCCCUUUGCAUAGACACGCCCCCUUUGUAAAGCCACGCCCCUUUUGUAAAGCCACGCCCCCUUCGGCAGAGCCACGCCCCCUCCUCGGGCAGCAGCCAAUGGAAUAAAGGCUCGGUGGGACCAAAA